UGUGACUGAAUGUUUUGCGGCACUUGACCGGAGGCAGUGCGUUAGGUUACAAACAAGGGCUGGGAAAAUUUUAAGUCAUGUCUGAAGUCCAUUCUAGGCGCUGUUCUGUUACAAGAUUUCACUUCCUGCCUCUAAUUAUUUUUCUGGUAGGUCUGCACGCAGUGGAGGGGAUAUGGCCAUUACCGCAGACUAUGACCAGCUCAGCGGAGCGAUACUCAUUGGACCCGCAAUAUUUCAACUUCAAUUAUGGGAGGGAUUCAGCCACGCAGCAGGGAUGCUCUGUCCUGGAUGCUGCAUUCAAGAGAUAUUUUUCUAUCAUAUUUCCAGAUCACAUUUCAGGAAAUUGUGCUCUGCCAUUCAGUGAGGCUAAGGAAUAUUCUUUGGAUGUUUAUGUGGACCAAGGAGACUGUGAGAGUUACCCAAACUCAGAUUCUUCUGAGAAAUACAAGUUGAGUGUGUUUGCAGAGCGGGCGGCCUUGAAUGCAGAGACUGUGUGGGGUGCACUAAGAGGUCUAGAAACAUUCAGUCAACUGGUGUAUCAAGAUGACUUUGGCAUAUUUUUUGUCAACAAGACUGAAAUAGAGGACUUCCCCCGAUUCCAGUUCAGGGGUGUUUUGUUGGACACUUCCCGUCACUAUUUACCAGUGCAGGUCAUUCUAAAGACCUUGGAUGCAAUGUCAUACAGUAAGUUCAAUGUGUUUCACUGGCACAUUGUUGAUGACCCCUCCUUUCCUUACCAGAGCCGCACUUUUCCAGGCCUUAGCAGUAAGGGGGCUUUCCAUCCGAUGACUCACAUCUACACACAGUCAGAUGUGAGAAGGGUGAUCUCAUAUGCCAGGCUACGAGGAAUCAGAGUCCUUCCUGAGUUUGAUUCACCCGGUCACACCCAAUCUUGGGGAAAAGGGCAGUCUGACCUGUUGACUCCAUGCUACAAAGGGGGCAUCCCUUCAGGUACUUUUGGUCCCGUUAAUCCUGCCUCAGCCUCCAGCUACCAGUUCAUGGCCAGACUGUUUAAAGAGGUGUCAGCAGUGUUCCCCGAGUCCUAUAUUCACUUAGGAGGAGAUGAGGUUGACGUCUCCUGCUGGAAAUCCAACCCUGAUGUCCAGGUAUUUAUGCAGAAGAUGGGAUUUGGAAAUGAUUUCGCCAAACUGGAAUCAUACUACAUGGAGAAUCUUGUGAACAUAACAUCAGCUCUCAACAAGACAUCCAUAGUGUGGCAAGAUGUUUUUGAGUACCAUGAACGACGCAGCUCUCUGUCAGUGGUAGAGGUGUGGAGAGAGGGCUGCUACCUGUGUGAGGUGCGCAGGGUGACUAAGGCAGGGCUCAAAGUGAUUCUGGCCUCUCCGUGGUAUCUGGACCUGCCAGGGCCCACACACGACUGGGUCCGCUACUACACCGUGUGGCCCCUCGCCUUCAAGGGUACAGAGGAACAGAAGAAGCUGGUGAUUGGGGGUGAGGUCUGCAUGUGGGGGGAAUAUGUUGAUGCCACCAAUCUCUCUCCUCGUCUUUGGCCGAGGGCAAGCGCUGCAGCAGAGAGACUUUGGAGUGAUGAGAAGCAAACCUCCAGUGUGGCACGGGCAUUUUCUCGCUUGCAGGACUUUCGCUGCAAGCUGCUUAGGCGUGGCAUCCAGGCGGAGCCUCUCUUUGUUGGCCACUGCAGACAUGAGUACCAGGGUGUUUGAAGAGAUUGAGUGGGCAAACACAACAAUAGGUUUCAGAGAUUGAUUAAGUUCAUAUUUACUCAGCCAGUUUUCAAGAAAAUGUUUCCUUAGGGAUUAUGCAGCUGAAGACUGUGCAAUGCAAUGGACUAUGUAAUGGUUAUUUGGGUGAUGCUCAUUUUCUUUUGCAUUUUAGAAAUUAACAGUCAUGCUACACAGGUGCUACACAGAAAACUUAUUGGAAAUCCAAAGUGAUGCAUUUUGGAUUAGAUUGUGCACUGUUAGGUUGUACUUUGAAUGAUGAUAAUAGCCUAGAUACUCCUGUCUGAAAAAUAAA